CUACAGUUCUGUUUGGCUUGAGCUCCUUCACUUCAGCUAGAAAAGGAUCAAACUAUCAGAGUAGGGUUUUUAGGGUUUAAGAGUGGCUAGGAUUGGGUUUUCCCACUGCUAGGGUUCAAUUUUCUCACCAUUUUCUCUCUCAUUUCCUCUAUUUGGAACUUCUGAUUUCCUCUAUCGGAGUCUCAGAUCACCAUGUGGGCGCUUCGUCGAGCUUCUAAUCCUCUCAAGAAUCGAGUGCUUGGCAUCGGAACUUCUAGAGCUUGUUGUGCUAAAUCAGAAGUAGCAAGUUGUUGUUUAGAUGUCAAAGCCAGUAAUGGUGAUUCUCACCUAGUAGCAUCUGAUGGAUGCAUCUCUUUGAAGAGAUUUUACAGUGCAGCACAUGGUUCCCCAAAUUUCUUUAUGGGGUGUUGCAGUUUUUCUUCACAAGCUGACACAAAAAGCAGUGCACAAGAAGAAGAUGAUUUGGAGGAUGGGUUUUCUGAGCUUGAGAAUGCAGCUAGUGCUGCUGAUGUGGUUCAAGACAGCAAUGUUGACAAUUUAAACGAAGAUCAAUUAAUUUCUGAACCAGAGCUCUCUGAAGAAGAAGAUGAUGGUGAUGGUGUAGAAGAACCUCAAAAUGAGCUGGAAUUAUUUGAUACUGAGGCAGAAAUAACUGAGAAAAGACCUAAGCGUUACCCAAGAACUACACCAUUUUUUACUACCCUUUUUUAUCCUGAUUUGUCAAAGACACGGCCCUUGUCAUUUUUCAGUUUUAUUCAUAGUUCUUUGGUUUUGCAGCUCUCAGAGUGGCUGGAGUCAACUAAGCAGCUCGACUUUGUUGAGAGAGAUUAUGCUUCUCGCCUUGAUUUGAUUUCCAAGGUACGGGGUCUCCAAAAGGCCGAGAACUACAUUGAGAAGAUCCCGAAAUCCAUGAGGGGAGAAAUCACAUAUAGAACUCUUUUGGCUAAUUGUGUUGCCGCAAACAAUUCGAAGAAAGCAGAGCAAGUGUUCAACAAAAUGAAAGACCUUGAAUUCCCGAUCACAGUCUUUGCGUGCAAUCAGUUGCUCCUCCUAUACAAGAGACUCGACAAAAAGAAAAUAGCUGAUGUGUUGUUGUUAAUGGAGAAAGAGAAUGUGAAGCCAACGCGCUUCACGUAUAGAAUCUUGAUAGACACCAAAGGCAAAUCUAAUGACAUAACAGGGAUGGAUCAGAUUGUUGAGACUAUGAAAGCUGAAGGGAUUGAACCCGAUUUAAACAUACAAGCAAUAUUGGCUAGGCACUAUGUCUAUGGUGGGCUCAAAGAAAAAGCCGAGGCUGUUUUGAAGGAGAUGGAAGGAGGCAACACGAAAGAGAACCGUUGGGCUUGCCGUGCUUUGCUUCCUCUGUAUGCUGCUCUCGGAAAGGCCGAUGAAGUGGGGCGAGUUUGGAAGGUUUGUGAGUCUAAUCCCAACCCCGAUGAGUGCAUGGCUGCCAUUGAAGCUUGGGGGAAACUAAACAAAAUUGAAGAAGCCGAGGCGGUCUUCGAACGGAUGUUGAAAACGUGGAAAAAGCUAUCUUCAAAGCAUUAUUCAACGCUCUUGAAAGUUUAUGCAAACCAUAAGAUGUUGGCAAAGGGAAAGGAUCUUGUGAAGCGAAUGGCAGAUAGUGGGUGCCGGGUUGGCCCAUUGACGUGGGAUGCGCUUGUGAAGCUCUACGUGGAGGCUGGGGAGGUCGAAAAGGCCGACUCAAUUCUACAGAAAGCUGCACAGCAGAACCAGAUGAAGCCGCUGUUCAGUUCUUACAUGGCGAUUAUGGACCAGUAUGCGAACAGAGGCGAUGUGCACAAUGCUGAGAAGAUGUUUCAUCGGAUGAGACAGUCUGGGUACGUGGGUCGGCUUAGGCAGUUCCAAACUUUGAUCCAGGCUUAUAUUAAUGCCAAGUCGCCAGCCUACGGGAUGAGAGAGAGGAUGAAGGCAGACAAUAUUUUCCCAAAUAAAGCAGCCGCUGAGCAGUUGGUUCAGGUUGAUGCAUUUAGGAAGUCGGUGAUGUCGGAUUUGCUCGACUGAGCGGUGAGGGUUUUAAGAAGUUCCAAGUGAAUCAAAGUUAUGUUGUUUGGGUACUUAUUUUUUACUCUUGUUUAUACCAAACUAGUAGGGAUUUACUUGUAGGCGGAAACAUUUUUGGAUCAUGCUUUUUGCUGUAUCUGCUGCUAUUGAAGCUUUUUAAUAUGUCAGUUCAUAUGUCCAAAUCCACCAGAUUGAUUUUGCUGAGUUUUUAUAACAAAUUUGCUACCACAUCUCUGUUAUUAUUCACA